AUGCGCUACCAGAGAGAUCAUGGCUUAUAUGGUGCGUUGAUAGUACGCGAAGGAGAAUCGGCCUAUCCGAUCUUCUCAGAAACAUUUGAAGACCACCCUGAGAAAAAGACAAUGGCUAUAGUAGAUAGCAUGAUAAAUGAACAAAAAUCAUCGGUUACGCCUCGAUAUUGUUUGCCAGAUGGGUCAGGCCUACCAGUUCAAUUUGAUCAUAUCCAGUUUCAAAUGAAUGGCCAGCGUCUUCCUAGACGUGCCAGUGUUGUAGAUUCGAACACCCAGAUAGAAUUUUACGUGGUCGGUGGUACGAACUAUCGUUUUCGAAUUAUUUCAGCGACAAUAUUGAACAUUUUUGUAAUCAGCAUAGAUUAUCAUGAAAUGCAUGUGAUGGCGACGGACGGGUAUUUAGUAAAACCAUUUGUAACGGAUUAUCUUGUCGUGCACGUUAGUGAACGAUAUGAUUUCAUUCUGAAAGCCAAGGAAGGGAUGCCGCCAGGUUUUAAAUUUCCAAUCAGGAUUCAGUCACUUGCAGUUCUUUGCAAUGAUAAUACCAAGCUAGCUGGGAAAAGUUACGGUUUUCUGGUGUACACAAACGGCUUUGACGAAAUGAGACCUACCUUUCCUGCAAGAUCGAUAGUUCAGAAUAAUCGGUGUAAUGAUAAAUCCAAUCCAUGUAAGGUGCUGAAUUGUCCUUUCGAGAAAAUGCCCAAAGACUAUUCUGAUCAAGGUUCAUAUAUGAUGUGCUUUAACGUACUGGCCCUUCAGUUAUUGAUUCCUACGCCGAAAUAUGAAUAUCCAAAUUCAGUAGUUGAACCUGGAGAUGAAUUUUUCUUUAACUUUCAUCAAAAAAAUAAGUCGGUCGGAUUGAUUAAUGGCAUUAAGUUUGAUCUCCCUGAAGAGCCUAUCCUUAUAAGUGAGAAAAUUGAAAAUGAAUGCGCGUAUCCGGCAAAAUGUAAAAAACUUGGAAAAAGACAUUGCCCACAUACAAUCUACUUAACUCAUGACGGUCACUCUACAAGAUUUGUGCUGUCUUCUCUUCGUCUGCCAGUUCCCAUCACGCAUCCAAUCCACAUGCACGGACACUCGUAUUUCAUUGCUAAAAUUGGCUACCCUGAAUACGACGAGAGUGGGCAUAUCAAAGCCCCGAACAAGGAUCUAAAGCUGCCUUCAUGCGGGAACGCAACAUGGAGUGAUGGCACCCCCGGCGGGAUUUUUGUGAAUAGUACUACAGUCCGUAAAGACGCAAUCAUAGUGCCCGCUGGUGGUUAUGUCGUUAUUCAUUUUCUUCAAAAGAACCCAGGAUGGUGGUUCAUGCAUUGUCAUAUUGAUUACCACCUCAAUGGGGGGAUGGCGAUAGCAAUCGGUGAAAAUCACCGCAGGGCGAGCACACCUCCUGGUCCACUGCACCAUGUCACGAAGGAAUUUUGCUUCACCCUGCAAACAUUUCUUUAUAAAGAAAAUAGUACCGAAUUAGUAGUGCCCAUUGAGCCAUAG